UUAUGUACAAAUAGGAGGAGGAAGAGGUCUGGAACUUGGACCCUAAGCGUCAAUAGCAAAACAGAAAAAAAUGGGGAUAGUGGAAGAAGCUCACAACGUGAAGGUUUUGGGAUCCGGCACGCGCUACAUAGUUCUGGCUCACGGCUUCGGCACAGACCAAUCCGUGUGGAAACACCUCGUACCUCAUCUCCUCGACGACUUUCGUGUGGUGCUCUACGACAACAUGGGAGCCGGCACCACCAACCCCGAUUACUUCGAUUUCGACCGCUAUUCCACCUUGCAAGGCUAUGCCUUCGACCUGCUUGCUAUCUUGGAAGAGCUUCGUGUUCAUUCAUGCAUCUUUCUUGGUCACUCUGUCUCCGCUAUGAUUGGUACUGUCGCUUCCAUUUCUCGCCCCGAUCUAUUCGCCAAAAUCAUCAUGCUCUCCGCUUCGCCCAGGUAUCUGAACGACAUGGAGUAUUUCGGGGGGUUUGAGCAGGAAGAUCUGGACGAACUAUUCGACGCCAUGGCUGCGAAUUACAAGGCAUGGUGCUCAGGGUUCGCUCCGAUGGCCGUUGGUGGGGACAUGGAGUCCGUGGCGGUGCAGGAGUUCAGCCGAACCCUGUUCAAUAUGCGCCCAGACAUUGCGCUGAGCGUGUUGCAGACCAUUUUCCAAAGCGACAUGCGUCAAAUCCUCAACCUCGUCACAGUCCCAUGCCACAUCAUCCAAAGCAAGAAGGACUUAGCGGUUCCCAUCGUGGUCGCCGAGUACCUCCACCAAAACAUCGGCGGCGACUCCGUCGUUGAAGUCAUGUCGACGGAGGGCCACCUGCCGCAACUCAGUUCUCCCGAUAUCGUUAUACCCGUGCUGCUGAAACACAUUCACCUCGACAUUGCAACGAAGCAGUAACGGAUGGGAGAAACUAAGUGUAAAUUAAUUUCUAAUCAUAAAAACUUAUAUAUAUUUUUUAAAUGUAAUGUCUGAAAGAAGUUCUAUAUCAUUCACAGGUUGAGGAGAAUGAUAAUUUAGAUAUUUUUUUGUCUUAAAUCUACCUACGUGAUAGGAAAUAUGAAGGUUGAAAAGCAGAAAUAAAAUAGUUACUAUAUGACAGUAUCCGAAUGGGUUGAAUAUGGAAGAGUGUUUAUUGGUGUGCGGAUUCCAUUAUUGGGGGUUUGAGAAAAAAAAAAUUAGGAGUGUGUCGGUUUCGAAAAGACGAAGGGAAAUGGGGAUGGAGGCUUGUGGGUGUUGUUUGUGAUUAAUUGAUGUUAGUUGAAGUGUAGUGGUAGGUGAUGGAAUUGAUGAGUAGUGGGAGUGUAUAUUUAAUAAUGUGUAUGCAGUGGUGCACCAUUGGGAUGACUGGAUCUGAAUGGAUUCUAGCUAAAAUCAAAUCAAACCUCGUUUCAUGUCUCUUAGUUACUCCUUUCUAUCUCAUAAUAAAUGUUACUCCAUUUGGAA